AUGGCCACCACUAUCCAAAAAGUUGCCAUCUUCGGAUCCACCUCGACUUUCCCCGCCGGUCUACCCAUCAUCCGCGCGAACUAUACCCUCGACAACUUAACCACCGCCCUCACCGGCCAGGAUGCCGCUAUCUGCGUGGUCGGCCCCGGCGGUAUCGGAGCCCAGGCCACUAUGAUCGAGGCCGCCGAAGCCGCCGGCGUUAAACGAUUUAUCGUGAACGACUUUGGCUGGGGUCCCGAAUACCACAGCUUACCGGAAUUCAGCGCUAUUCAUGCGCAUCGUCGCACUAGCUGGAACCUGGCAAAGGCCAAGGCCGAGGCGAAUCCCACAUUUACGUUCACCGGUAUCACUACGGGGAAUCCAAUUGAUUGGGCUAUGAAACGAUUCCCUCUAAUGGGCUUCGAUAUUGCCCAGUAUUCAGCAACCAUCUACGACUCGGGUACGGAGAAAUUCACCGCUACCACCCUCGUAGGUAUCGGGCAGUCGGUCGUCGGCGUCUUGCAGCACCCGGACGAGACGGCGAACCGAUUCGUCAAAGUCCUGUCGAUCAUCACGACGCAAAACGAGCUACUAGAGGCUUUCCAGCGUGUCACGGGCCGAGAGUGGCCGGUGCAGCGCGCCUCGUCGCGCACUGUGCUCGAGAGCGGACAGCGGAAGUUUCAGGAGGGUAUAGGGAGCUGGAGGUUGGAAUUGGCGGUCGCGCAGAUGUACGAUGAAGGACAGGCGCGAUGUGUCGUGGCUCCUUCAUGGGAGGGGUCGGAUUCUCCAUUGUUGGGGGUACAGAAUGAAAGUGCAGAUGAGGUGGUGAGCAAGGUUUUGCAGAUGCGAUGA